UCACAGACCAACUAUACUGCUGGGGGCUGUGAGUGAAGCGCGGGUCGGCACCGGAGCCCACACUCAAGAUGGCACCGGCCUGAGAGCCACCGGUGCGGCCGCUCUAUCUCGGUUCCGGGUUGGUGCGCCUCAGUGGUGGCGUUGGAGGGCUGAAGGCUGGCAUUCUGUCCGGCUUCCGGACCCGUCUCUAUGGUGUCGGAGGGACCAGACCUCGGAAGAUUGUGGGCGUAGUGGCCAGAGCGUCACGGGGGAGGCGAGGGUGGUUGGUGUCAACAGGGGGCGAAGAGGGGACCGAAGUGAAGACCCUCGGCCGCCUCCCCCGCCGCCCUCCCGCAGGUGGCCCGGAAACUUGAUGUGCUGCCUGAGGAAGCAAAAGGAUGGAGGAAGACAGGCUGCUGGGAUUUGAGGAGGAGCUGCAGCAGCACCGCCUCGAGGCAUAAGGGAUGGGAUCAGAGAACAGCGCUUUGAAGAGCUAUGCACUGAAAGAUCCACCCUUCACCUUGCCCUCCGGGCUUGCUGUGUACCCCGCGGUGCUGCAGGAUGGCAAAUUCGCUUCGGUUUUUGUGUAUAAGAGAGAAAACGAAGAUAAAGUUAAUAAAGCUGCCAAGCACUUGAAGACACUUCGUCACCCUUGCUUGCUAAGAUUUUUAUCUUGCACUGUGGAAGCAGAUGGCAUUCAUCUUGUCACCGAGCGAGUGCAGCCUCUGGAAGUGGCUUUGGAGACACUGUCUUCUGCAGAGGUCUGUGCUGGGAUCUAUGACAUAUUGCUGGCUCUUAUCUUCCUCCACGACAGAGGACACCUCACACACAACAACGUCUGUCUGUCGUCCGUGUUUGUGAGUGAGGACGGGCACUGGAAGCUGGGAGGCAUGGAGACGGUCUGUCAGGUUCCUCAGGCCACACCAGAGUUCCUGAGGAGUAUUCGGUCAGUCAGAGACCCGGCAUCCAUCCCUCCUGAAGAGUCGUCUCCAGAGUUCACCACUCUGCCGGAGUCACAAGGACACGCCCGAGAUGCCUAUUCUUUUGGGACAUUGGUGGAAAGUUUGCUCACAAUCUUAAGUGAACAGGUUUCAGCGGAUGUCCUCUCCAGCUUUCAGCAGACCUUGCACUCCACCUUGCUGAGUCCCACCCCCCAGUGCCGGCCCGCGCUCUGCACCCUCCUGUCCCACGACUUCUUCAGGAAUGAUUUUCUAGAAGUUGUGAAUUUCUUGAAAAGUUUAACACUGAAGAGUGAAGAGGAAAAAACUGAAUUCUUCAAGCUCCUGCUGGACAGAGUCGGCUGCCUGUCAGAGGAGCUGAUAGCUUCGCGGCUGGUGCCUCUCCUGCUGAACCAGCUGGUCUUCGCAGAGCCAGUAGCCGUUAAGAGUUUCCUUCCUUAUCUCCUUGGUCCCAAAAAAGAGCAUGUGCGGGGGGAGACCGCUUGCCUGCUCUCACCGGCCCUGUUCCAGUCGCGCGUGGUCCCCGUGCUGCUGCGGCUGUUUGAGGUGCACGAGGAGCACGUGCGGAUGGUGCUGCUGUCCCACCUGGAGGCCUACGUGGAGCACUUCACUCAGGAGCAGCUGAAGAAGGUCAUCCUGCCCCAGGUGUUACUGGGCCUGCGCGAUACCAGCGAUUCCAUUGUGGCAAUUACUCUUCACAGCCUAGCAGUGCUGGUCUCCCUGCUUGGACCAGAGGUGGUCGUGGGAGGAGAAAGAACCAAGAUCUUCAAACGCACUGCCCCAAGUUUCACUAAAACCAUCGACCUUUCCCCAGAAGAUUCCCCUACGCACGUCGUCUGCAGCCAGCGCGGUCAGACCUCGCCGGUCCUGGAGAACCCCUCCUCCAGCGUAUUCCCCAAGUGUCUCUUUUCUGGCAGCAUGCCCCUGGACAGCAGGCAGCACACACAGCGAGAUUAUUACAACUCUCUCUUACAGACAGGCAAUCAAUUUUCUCAGCCGAUUAAAUUUCCCAUUAAUGGAAUCUCGGAUUUGAAAAUUACCUCAGGAGACAGUGAGAAGUUCCCAUCAAGUUCUAAAAAGUCUGAGGACUGGCCUGACUGGAGCGACCCCGAGGAGCCCGAGAACAAAGCCGCCAGCCUCCAGGUCUGUCCCACAGAGCCCUGUGCCGCUGCCACGCCCCCACGCACCAACGUGAGCGUGGAUGAGGAGGAGACUUGGGAUGACUUUGAGCCCAGCGGCUUAGACACUGAAAUAACUCUGGAAAGUGGAACCACGGCUACAAGACCUGUUACCUCAGGGGAGCACAAGGCCAUGCCGACUUCGCUUCCACUCACUGAAGAGGCCAAGCCUUUGAAGUCAAGCCCACCGCAAAAGACCGGUCUUGCACAAAGCAGGGAUGACCCACACCAAACCAGGCCAACAAAAGUGUCGUCAGAAGACAGGCGCCCUAAGGUUCCAUCAGAACUUGGCUUAGGAGAGGAGUUUACCAUUCAGGUAAAGAAGAAGCCAGUAAGAGACCCUGAGCUGGACUGGUUUGCUGACAUGACCCCAGACAUUAAGCCUUCCACUGCUGUUCUUGUCCUACCUGGGCUGAGGACAGAAGCGAUGGAAGCGAUGGUUCCCACCAGGGAGCAUGUCUCCUCAGUGUUGCAGUUUUCCUCAAAAUUUGCUGCAGCAGAAAUGACUGAGGGAGAGUCUGCGGGCUGGGGAGAAGAAGGGGAGCUGAACUGGGAAGAUACUAACUGGUGACAACAGGUGUGAGUUCAUCUCUAGGAAAAAGGAUUCCUUUAAAAAAAAAAAAAAUCAAACUAAUACCUCAAAAGCAGGCUCUGCAGACAAGAAAACCCCAAAGCAUCCUGUUUUUCUCAUACCAGGAGCUCUUUUUCCAGUCUGUGCCAAUGGAAGCGUGAGACGCGGCGUGCUGGCGGGAAGCCCUGGGCGGCGAGGAGGUUCCCAGCCUUCCUCAGAGGACGAGCCUGUGCGUCCGACUGAGGCCAGUUUCUGUGUAGAGCAAGUGGCUGUGGAAAGGUUGAAUUUACUGCUUUUUUUCCAGAACAAUUCCAGGCGUAAAGAAAAUAAAUAGAAAAAUCCAAGCUGAUUAGCUUAAUUUUGUGCCAUUUCUUUGUCAGAAGAGUAAGCUCUGUUAUGAAACCUACUGAAGAUAUUUUAGCUGUAGAGUAUAGAAAUGAUUUUAAAUUGCUGAGGUUCCCUUAGGCAGCUUAUUUAUUUGUUUACAGAUGUGCUAUCUGAAUGAGUGGCCCUGUGGGGACCGGGGCAGUUACUGACUGUUCCACCUGUGUUACCUUGUACCAAAGUUCUUAAUGAGAAAUAUCCCCCACAAUCCUGUUCUCUUAAUGUCCAAUAAAGACUAUUUUCAUUAGA